UAUACUGAACCCAAAAGGGAAAAGAAUAACUGUGCAUUUUCCCCAACUCAGACACACAACUUUACGCGCUCUGUUUUUGCAGACUUCCCUGUUUAAAAGGGGGUUUUGUUUCAUUUGUAUCAACUGUUAUUUUCUUUUUAUAUAUUUUGGUACGUUCAUUGCACCGGAGGAGAGCAUCACUUAUUUUUCCCCCGGUGGAAGAAGAAGGACUCGUCCAGUUUCUCCGCCUGGGAUUUGGGAUUUGACAGCAGACUGAGCAUUUUGAAGACAUUCUGUUUUUUUACUUGGACUGGAGUCCGUUUUGUUGUUUGAGUGGCUAAAUGAUGGCUACUUUACCAGGAACAGUGCCUCGGAUGAUGCGCCCUGCGCCAGGCCAGAACUACCCGCGAACCGGCUUCCCCUUGGAAGUAUCCACCCCUCUGGGCCAGGGUAGGGUGAACCAGCUUGGCGGUGUGUUCAUCAACGGGAGGCCCCUGCCAAAUCACAUCCGACACAAGAUAGUGGAGAUGGCCCACCACGGCAUCCGACCCUGCGUAAUCUCGCGACAACUGCGAGUUUCUCACGGUUGUGUCUCCAAGAUCCUCUGCCGAUACCAAGAGACCGGCUCGAUCCGUCCCGGAGCAAUAGGAGGCAGCAAGCCCAGGCAGGUGGCAACUCCUGACGUGGAGAAGCGGAUCGAGGAGUACAAGAGAGAAAACCCCGGCAUGUUCAGCUGGGAGAUCCGGGAUAAGCUGCUGAAGGACGGGGUGUGCGACAGAAGCACAGUUCCUUCAGGUGAGGCUUCAUCUGUGAGCUCCAUCAGCCGCGUUUUGAGGGCCCGAUUUGGCAAAAAAGAUGACGAGGAUGACUGUGAUAAGAAGGAUGAAGAUGGAGAAAAGAAAACAAAGCAUAGCAUCGAUGGCAUCCUCGGUGAUAAAUGUAACCGCACAGACGAGGGUUCAGAUGUGGACUCAGAGCCCGACCUGCCCCUUAAGAGGAAGCAGAGACGCAGUCGCACCACUUUCACCGCCGAGCAGCUGGAGGAGCUGGAGAAGGCUUUUGAAAGGACACAUUACCCAGACAUCUACACCAGAGAGGAGCUGGCUCAGAGGACAAAACUCACAGAGGCCAGAGUACAGGUGUGGUUUAGCAACAGGCGAGCUCGGUGGCGUAAGCAGGCCGGGGCCAAUCAGCUCGCCGCCUUUAACCACCUGCUUCCCGGAGGAUUCCCGCCCACAGGGAUGCCAACUUUACCAACAUACCAGCUACCAGAGUCCAGCUACCCCAGCACUACGCUAUCACAGGAUGGCAGCAGCACAUUGCACAGACCCCAGCCCCUGCCUCCAUCCUCCAUGCACCAGGGAGGCCUGACUGCUGACAGCAGCUCCGCUUACGGUCUCUCGUCCAAUCGCCACGGCUUCUCCAGCUACUCCGAUACUUUCAUGAGCCCCUCAGCAUCCAGCAACCACAUGAACGCUGUCGGCAACGGGCUCUCCCCGCAGGUGAUGAGUAUCCUGAGUAACCCCAGCGCCGUACCCUCCCAGCCCCAGCACGACUUUUCCAUUUCCCCCCUGCACAGCAGCCUGGAGAGCUCCAACCCCAUCUCAGCCAGCUGCAGCCAGCGCUCUGACACCAUCAAGAGUGUGGACAGCCUGGCUUCCUCCCAGUCAUACUGCCCCCCCACCUACAGCGCCACCAGCUACAGCGUGGACCCCGUCACCGCAGGCUACCAGUACAGCCAGUACGGCCAGACUGCUGUGGACUACCUGGCCAAGAACGUGAGCUUGUCCACCCAGAGGAGGAUGAAACUGGGAGACCACUCGGCCGUGCUGGGACUGCUGCAGGUGGAGACGGGACAGGCCUACUGAAGCCCCCACCUCCUGGGACGCAUCCUGCACCACUCUCCUCCGCCCUCUGCCACCCUCCUACAUGCUCCAUCAAGUCUGGACUCCAACUCCAGCUCGCCUCUCUGCUGCUCGAUCUGCAGCCUGGCCAUGACAUCAGCGCACAGACACGCAGCCUCGCUGAGAAAGUGACGCUUGCGGGUGUGACGAGGCACUUCGGGGAAUGGAACUAAACUUUUCACGUCAUUGUCAACCACCAGGCGGCUCUGCACCCUCUCUUCUCAAUCUUUGGGCGUCUCUGCCUGCUCCUUCUACUCCUCCCCCCCCCCCAACACAGCCCCAAACCUCGUUUUGUUUUGCUCCGAAGGCCAGACAGAACCCCAGAACCCCCGAGGAUGGUCGGCUGCCUUGGCCUGAGUUCCUGUUUGUCAUGGCUGCAGUCCAGCACACAUUUAGAGCCAUCAACAACAUGU